AUGGCAACGUCUGAGAGCGAUGACUUUGAAAGCGCUGACGAAGAAAUGAACCACGAUAUGCCAAUAAAAAGGCAUACUCAAAUGCAACAGUGGAGUUCACGAAAUACAAUAGGUUCAGAAUCCGAUGAUGAUAUGGAAUAUGUACCUCGGCAAUCGUGUACGAAUGUAAAUUUGGGUAGAAGAAGGGAAAAAUAUUGUCCGACAACAGAUACGUCAACUAAUAAAAAAAGAGUUGAUAAAGAUAUCAGUAUUAAAGAUACAUAUAAUUACAAGAAAUACGAGCAACCAGUUAUCAAUGUUGACGAAGCUUGUGGAAAAAAAGAUGAAAAUAUUACAUGUAUCGAUUCACAAGAAGUGGGAUGUGCACAGGCUAAUAUUGGUGACAUGGACCUGAAAGUGGAAAAUAAUAAUGAGAACACAACAUUAAAUAAAACUAAAGUAGAGAAACCUACUGGAAGGGAUAUUGAUAUGGACUUACAUUCUGAGGUAACAGUUAAAUUGACUAAAAAAGAACAAUCUCAACGCAAAGAAAAAAAAUUAGGUGCAAAAAAGUUAGCAACAAAGAUUACGCCAAGUAGUAAUUUUAUGACUGAUAUAGAUAACAGAAACAAAAGGGAUAUAGUAAUAACAGAGGAAGAUGUAUGUAAUAAAUCUUCUAUAAAAGACGAGAUAACUGAAUCAGAUAUGCCAGAAGAACUGAAAUCUGAGAAAACAUUUAAAGAAAUAUUUAAACCUGAAGGUUGGGAAGGACUUGGGGAUUCAAUUGAAUUACCAGAUGAACUGACUGAAGAAAAAUUACAACCAGUAUUAAAAAGAUUAUCGUUAGUUGGUGAAGAAACCGAUAGCUCAUCGGGUUGGGGUUGGGGUAAUUGGGAUGUAAGUUCUUUAAUUAAUACAGCCAGUGCUGGAGUUUCUACAUUAACUAGCCAUGUAUCACAAGGAUUUACACUUUUGGAAGAAUCUAUGGCUAUAUUGGAUGAACCUAAAUCUACUACAAGUGAGGAAGAAGAAAAUCAAACAGACAACGGUAAUAAAGAGGAACAGACCAAGGAACAAUCUUCUUUUGGAUUUGGAAAUUUUAUAUCGAGUGUAUCGUCAAUAACAAAACUGGUUGAAUCAACUGGAAGCAAAGUUAUGAGUGGUGGAUUAGACACAUUAGAAGCUAUUGGUAAGAAAACAAUGGAGGUUUUACAAGAAGGUGAUCCGGGAUUAAAGAAAAAGAGGGCUUUUUUCAUGAAUGAAACAGACAAGCCAAAUUUAUCUCAAAUUCUUCGAGAGGCUAAAGAAAAAGCAAACAAUACUGAAAAAACAAUUGAAGAAAGACAAAAAAUGAGAAAAGUACAUUUUGAAAGUCUUCUUGAUGAUUAUCAAGGACUUGUUCAUAUAGAAGCAUUAGAAAUGCUAUCAAAACAAAGUAAUAUUAAAAUACAACAGUAUUUGAGUGGUUUAGAUUCAAAUGAAUUAAAUUCUGUCCAAAAAAUGUUGGAAGAAGUUGAAGAACUAUGUGAAUUAGGUGAUGACGAUGAAAAUAAUGAUGAAACAGAUGAGAAAGAUUUGAAAUAUAAAUUACAAGAAGCUUGCAGCGAUCUUGGAAUUAAUAUUACUUAUGAGAAAUUGCACGAGAUAUAUCAAAGCUCUAAGAACUAUAAUACUUCAGCCACGACGCCUAAUGAUCAAGAAAUUUUCGAACAUGCCAUUUCUGUUUUGGCACAAUUUACAGCAUUUUCCAUAGAAAGAUUUCAUAAAACUGCAGAAUUACUUUUAAUCAAAGAACAUCGAAGCACUGUGAAUGAAACUGAUUCAUUAGUUCAGUUAACGAAUAUUCUAACUAAUCAAAUUGGAAUAUUAGCUAAUAUUUACUGUAGUGCUUUGAAUAAACUUGCUGAAACUUCAGACAAAUCUGAUGGUAUUAACGCUAAUAUAACAACGAUUUUCAUGGAAGUAAGACAGUAUUAUUAUGUUUCAUCUAUUCAAUUAGUAAGAAAUUAACUAAACCUUUUUUUUAAUAGACUUCAAAUGCAAGUUCUUACAUUCAAGAUGCCUUCAAACUAUUGAUUCCCAUUAUACAAGUUGGUGCUAUAUAA